AUGCCUAAACACUUCGCCAUCGGAGACAAGGUCCUCCGAAUCGGGCGUGGUUACAACAUCCCGAUCAACGAUGCGAUCUCCCGCAAGCUAGGACAACAGUACGCCGGCCUAUUCACGGUUGUUGAACGACUUGGUCGUCUAGCAUACCGAUUGCAACUCCCACCUACAUGGAAGAUUCACUCAGUCGUCAGUGUUUGCGUUCGAUUCGCUCGGCAAGCUCUCUCUGCACAACAUACCAAAGGGCAGCUCUAUCUGGAGUCGUAUUUGGCUGCGGCUCUGGCCCGAGGUGGCGGCAGGCUAGCUGGGAAAAAGUGGAAGGUAGACAAUGGUGACGCGGGUGCGGGUGCUGCCCAUCCCCUGGUGGGAAUCACGCCCACCCCUAUGUCAGCAAAUCAUGGCGUAUGGUACCUUUCACCCUUGCCGAAACCCACUCGGCUCUGGUAUGAUGGAGUGGGCGCUGUGGCGGCGUUUACGGACAUCGAAGAGGCUCGUGCGCAUUUGAACUUCGAACUGCAGAACCAACAUGGAUGUUCUUCGGCCUGGACCGCUUCAUUAGAUGAGCUUCUCCACUGA